CCUAGGGUCCUGCCCUGCGGGGUUGUCUGUCUGGUGGGAGCGCCGACAGAUAGACUGUUGCAGAGAGCGAGAAGCGCCGGGUUUCUGCCGCUCUCGGCCCCUUCUCACCACGUCUCCUAGGCCCUAACGCCCUUCGAACUCGGACGAACCUCAGAGACCCCAUUUAACUAAUGAGAAAACUGAGGCCCAGAGCACCGUGGCGCCCUUACCUCUACUGCCUUUUAAGUAUUUUUGAGGGCACUGAGAAAGCAGGUAUUUGAAGGAUGCAAAAGAAUUUUCCCAUGGGAGAAGGCGAGCAAGGGCUGCUGAGGCAGAGAGAACUGCAAGUGGAGAUGCAUUUAGGUGAAAAAGUUUGAGAAUUGAGGCUGGAGCUUAGUUCGCUGUUGGGAGGGGGACACACUGCGGCUGGAGCUGAGGCUGAAAAAGUAGGUUAGGAUUAGGUUGUGAACUGACCAGUUUGGAGGCCUAGGAGAUGAUUAGCUUUCACUUCUGCACAGUUCUCAGUUCCCCAUCCAUCAUCUCACCAGAUCUCAAAGGCUCAAAGGCCUUACUGGCAUCUACUUGUUUACACAUGGGGGAGACCAAAAUGCAGAGAAGAGAAAAAGCAGCUCCUUUUUUUUUUAAACCUCAUCCUUGCUCACCGCGUCAUAGCCUAAGCUGUCUGGGAAUUAAAUCCCUGCAUCUCUGGCAUUUUACAGCCUGGUCAGGCAGCAGGCCCGCAUCCCCCUCCUAAGCCAGUAGUGAAGCAAAGAGAAACCUCCCUCACCAGAGCAAUGAACCCACUAUGGGAUAAUGGGGCGAUUUUUGGAACUUGUGAAAUUGGAAAGGCAGAGAAAUUCAUUCUCACAAACACCUACUAUAGGGGAGGCAGAAGCAAUAGGCCUGGGUUUGAAUUCUGUCUCAGAGGUUGAUUCAUUCACUUUGUUUUGGGGCACCAAUCACAGUUUUAGGUGUAGGGGAUAUAAAAUAAUAAAGGUUCCUGGCUCUUUGCCAGCCUAGACUCUGGUGUUGGAGACAGAAAGUUAACAAUCAAGCUAUAAAAUGUGUAAGUGCUACCAAAGCAACAGUCAGGACAGAGAGCAGAAAUUUGGGAGGCAGACCACUUGACUUUGAAUACUGGCUGUAACCAUGACCGGUUACUUCAUUUCUGUGUGCCUCAGUAUCCUUGUCUGUAAAAUGGGGAAAAUAAUACUGUUUAACUUAAUCCGUUCAGGCUAACCAUGACAAAAACCCCACAAGACUGAAGGGCUUAAAGAACAGAAAUUUAUUUCUCACAGUUCUGGAGGCUGGGAAGUCCAAGAUCAAGAUGCUGGCCAAUUCAGUUCCUGAAAAGCUCCGCCCUCUGAGGCCAUGGAGGUGGAGUCUACGGAGGCCCGGUCAUCCUCCACCCUCGGCUACAAGCGAUCCGGCCGUCGCUACAAGUGCCUGUCCUGUACUAAGACAUUUCCAAAUGCGCCCAGGGCAGCGCGUCAUGCUGCCACCCAUGGUCCUGUAGACUACACAGAGGAGGUGGCAGAAACGAAGCUGAAGCCGGAGACAGAACCCAAAGCAGAGGAUGCCAGUGGGGACAAGGUGUCAAGUGCAUCGGCAAAGCCUCGGCCUUAUGCAUGCCCGCUGUGCCCCAAGGCCUAUAAAACGGCACCUGAGUUGCGCAGUCACGGUCGCAGCCACACUGGUGAAAAGCCCUUCCCUUGCCCCGAGUGUGGCCGCCGCUUUAUGCAGCCAGUGUGCCUGCGUGUGCACCUGGCCUCACAUGCUGGCGAGCUGCCCUUCCGCUGUGCUCACUGCCCCAAGGCCUAUGGCGCGCUCUCCAAGCUCAAGAUUCACCAGCGUGGUCACACGGGCGAGCGGCCCUAUGCUUGCUCCGAUUGCGGCAAGAGCUUCGCCGACCCUUCCGUGUUCCGCAAGCACCGGCGCACCCACGCGGGCCUACGGCCCUACGGCUGCGAGCGCUGCGGCAAGGCCUACGCUGAGCUCAAGGACCUACGCAACCAUGAGCGGUCCCACACCGGUGAGCGCCCCUUCCUCUGCUCGGAGUGUGGGAAGAGCUUCUCCCGCUCGUCCUCUCUCACGUGCCAUCAGCGGAUCCAUGCGGCACAGAAGCCCUAUCGCUGCCCAGCCUGUGGCAAGGGCUUCACGCAGCUCAGCUCCUACCAGAGCCAUGAGCGCACUCACUCGGGAGAGAAGCCCUUCCUGUGCCCGCGUUGUGGCCGCAUGUUCUCCGACCCCUCAAGCUUCCGGCGCCACCAGCGGGCCCACGAGGGGGUAAAGCCUUAUCGCUGCGAGAAGUGCGGCAAAGACUUUCGGCAGCCCGCAGACCUGGCCAUGCACAGGCGGGUGCACACAGGCGACCGGCCGUUCAAGUGCCUGCAGUGUGACAAGACGUUCGUGGCGUCUUGGGACCUCAAGCGCCAUGCGUUGGUCCACUCAGGCCAACGGCCUUUUCGCUGUGAGGAGUGUGGGCGAGCCUUCGCCGAGCGAGCCAGCCUUACUAAGCACAGCCGGGUGCACUCAGGUGAGCGCCCCUUCCACUGUAACGCCUGUGGAAAAUCCUUCGUGGUAUCGUCCAGCCUGAGGAAGCAUGAGCGGACCCAUCGGAGUAGUGAGGCCGCAGGGGCUCCCCCUCAACAGGAGCUGGUAGUAGGGCUGGCACUGCCUGUCAGUGUGGCAGGCGAGGGCUCAACGGCCCCGGCAGCAGGUGCAGGGCUAGGGGACCCUCCAGCAGGGCUGCUAGGGCUGCCCCCCGAAUCAGGUGGUGUGAUGGCCACCCAGUGGCAAGUGGUAGGCAUGACAGUGGAACAUGUGGAGUGCCAAGAUGCUGGGGUUGGGGAGGCUCCUGGUCCCUUGGCAGGGGCGGGCGAGGUGGGAGGUGAGGAAGUUGACGAGAAGCCACCGCAGUUUGUGUGCCGGGAGUGUAAGGAGACGUUCUCCACGCUGACGCUGCUGCGACGGCAUGAGCGCUCACACCCAGAGCUCCGGCCCUUUCCCUGCACCCAGUGUGGCAAGAGCUUCUCUGACCGGGCUGGGCUGCGCAAACACAGCCGCACCCACAGCUCUGUGCGCCCCUACACCUGCCCCCACUGCCCCAAGGCCUUCUUGAGUGCGAGCGACCUGCGCAAGCAUGAGCGUACCCACCCCGUUCCCAUCGGGACCCCCACGCCCCUCGAGCCCCUUGUGGCUUUGCUAGGAAUGCCUGAAGAGGGACCAGCGUGAAGCCCAUGCCCCGCCACCUCACUCCCAGGAGCCCAGGCCUCACGGGGUGCGUCCUGAACCUCUCUUUGCCCCGGCUCACUCUUUAGACUCCAGAUCCCUGCCCCAUCCCCGGGCAGCUAGCUCUCCUUGCCAACAAAGAGCUGGGGACGAUGGAGGUGGGCAGCAGCUAUUGAGAGAUGUGUGUCUCUCUCUGAGUAACACUCAUUAAAGCAUUCACUUUGACACUGAGUUGUCUUCUGUGUUUUGGUUGGGUGGAAAGGGAGUGGGAGUUUGGACAUCAGAUAAGGUUCAGUGGAGACCCCUGGAUUGACAGAUAAGAAACUAGAAGGGUCUUUGGAUGCAUCGUUUCCCAACAUAUGUUUUCAGAAUGUCUUUUGAAAAAGGGUUCCCUGGUCAAGGAAGUACCAGGAAUUUCCUGUGCCCUUCUUGGGGAUUGUUGGUGAUCAAGAGUGUACUAAAGUCAUUGAUAAAUCCUACAAUGAACAUCUAUUUAGCUCUGCCCAUAGUUAUUUCAUCCUGGAAACCUUUUACUGACUAGUUCUGUCCUUCUACAGAUAAUACACAGAGGUCCUAAAUUAGUAUAUUUCCUGUAUACUACAGUAAUAAAUUAGAAAAACUACUUGGGGGACAAAGAGGGACAAACAAAACCCAUAAACUACAAAAGAAGAAACCUCACAAGAAAUAUGCAAAACCUAUAUGAAGAAAAUGGUAUCACUGUCCUGAAGGUUUUAAGACCUAACUAAAUGGAGACAUACCAUGUACCUGCAUGGAAAGACAUUCUCCCUAGUCUAAUCCUUAGAUUCACUGUCACCCAAAAAGAUUUAUUAACACAACUUGAAACCCCAAAACUCCUGUAAUACAUUUUUAAGAACCAAUGGAGGUGAUGUAUUUGACAUACUAGAUAAACACCAAAGCACUGAAGUUAAAAUAGGUUAUUAUUGGCACAAGAAUAAAUCAGCCAAUGGAGUUGGGGGUGGGAGGGUUUAGAAACAGCCCUAUUUCUGAGAAUUUAGUUUAUGGUAAAUAUGAUUAUUCAAAUCAGUGGGGAAAGGAUGGCUGUUCAAUUACAGUCCUAUCCAUAAUCUGGAAGACUACACAACUUUUUAAAGACAAAAGAAAAAAAGAAACCUCACAUUUAGUAUAAAUUGAUAUAAUUUUGGGGGGAGAUGAUUUGGGCAUGUUUAUUAAAAAAUUCAAAUGCAUAUACCCUUUGACUUGGCAAGCACAUGUCAAAAAAUUUACACCACAGAGUUCUUUUUCCACUUCCAUGGCAAAGUUGAAGACAAGAAUGCUCGGUGCAGCAAAAUUUGUGAUAACCGGGAAUACCCUAAAUGUCCAUUAGCAAAGGACUAAUUACAUAAAGCUAGCCACUAUAAAAUAUAUUAUGCAGCUGUUUUUAAAAAAUGAGGCUUAUUAACUUAUUUUGUUGAAAGAUAUCUUGAAAAUAUGUCAAGUGAAAAAAAUAAGGUACAAAGCAGUGUGGUUAGCAUGUUCCCAUUAAGUUUAUUUAUUUAUUUUUGAGACAGAGAGAGCACAAGCAAGGGAGGGGCAGAGAGAGAGGGAGACACAGAAUCCAAUGAAGG